AUGUCAGAAGAAGUUGCAGUACCAUGUAAUUGGCUGUUCUCGACGAAUACGUUCGCGAGGGGGUACUCAGACCCCCGUGGGGAAGGCGUGUCAAUCUAUAGUCCGAUUGGUCAAAGCACAUAUAUGACAAAAAGUCGUAACCUGACCCCAAUCAAGAUAACUUGUGACUCUAAUUCGGUGAGUUUCAUUCUGCAAAAACUCAUUCUCUCCAUGGAUGUUUCUGCAUACGAUAAUGCAGGAAACUUGAUAACUCCUGGUACAGGUGUUAAAAACAUGUAUCUUGGCUUAGAAUCCAUUAUUCAAUCAUUAACCAUCAAAGCAGGGGGAGAAACUGUUGUUAACAUUCCAAACUAUCCUCUUUAUCUAGUACAAACAUACCGCAAUCUAUCCGCCGGUAGUAAGAAAUUGUUGAGCCAACUUUCCGGAUAUGGAAACACCAAUAUCUUUGCAACAUCAAGUACCAUUUCCAUUAAUCACCACCCCUUAGUCGGUUUCUGCCAUCCAUCGAAUGACCAGUACUUCCCAGUUUGGAGUCUGAGUAAUCAGGCAUUGGAAAUUAUCAUCACCCUCGCAGACCCGAACACAGUUUUUACAAGUGCUGGUGUAGGUGAGAUUUGGGUUUCCAAUAUCCGCUGUUUAGUUCCAUACAUUACACCACCGCCUACUACUGUGGUUAACGCGACUCGUGCUAUAUCAGAUGGUAAGUCAAUAUUCUAUGACUAUGUUAGAUCAACACAGACCGAGAAUGCUUGCUCCGGUGGUAACAGAAAUACAUUCCUUCUCCACAUGAGCGGUGUUCGCUCACUGGUUGGGUUCGAAUCAGCCUUUGUGGACGACGACGUUCUCAAUGACCAGACAAAAGAUAAAGCGUUAAUGUAUUCUUCACAGGGACUACGCGAGUGGAGAAUUUCACUAGGCCCUAAUCUUACCAUUCCUGCUGGAAACCAGGGUUUUACGCAUUCACCAAGUGAUAAUCAAACACUGCUUGUCACCCAGUUGUCAAAUAACAACUUUGACCAACUCGGGGAGAUGGAUACGUCAUACGCCGACUAUGAUUCCAAGGCAUUCUCAUUUGGCUGGUCAUUUGCAUCAAAGGAUGAAGGCAGUAAUGCGGCACUCUCAUUUACUGGCAGUGACGGAAUUAUGCGCAUACACACCCAACACGCAGUCGCACCGACCCAAAAGGUUAGGCUGGUAACGUCAUACCACGAGAAUGUUACACUUUCUAUUGGAGCAGUAGUAACUGUGGUGUGA